AAAAAUGUGUGAGAGAGAGCGAAAGGGAGGAGGAGAACAGGGUGAGCUAAGGGAGGGGGAAAACGGCGUAUGCUUGUAUACAACAACCCCUGAUUUCCAUUUUUUCCCCAACUCGUAAUGUAUUUAAUUCAAGUGAAACGUAAUCAUGACGUGUCCUGUCAUUAAUCCGCCCGCCGCCUCUCCCAGGACUAAAGGAGGUGGCCAUCAAAGCAGUGUGUCCCCCGUCUGCCAAGAAACUGAAACAUGGAAUAGCAGUAAACACACGACUGAGAAUGGAUUCUCCUCCUGAAUGUGUUUUGGCUCUUUCAUGUGAGCUGCCCCAGUCACCCCCAACACUACCAUCGCUGGACCACAGUCCCCAGGGCUCUCCUCACUCUACCUCCCACCUCUCCCCUUCACACAGCCCCCUGGACCUGCCCCUAGCCCAUAGCCCCUCAGCCCUGUCCCAAAUACCAGAACCCCUGUCGAACACCCUAGACACCACCCCCUACUUCCCCUUCUCCUCCUUCCCCCUCAACCACCACAAUGAGGAAGAGGAGGAGGAUGAAGAGGAGCUGUCAGCCCCUCCGUCCCCCACCCCGGCCGUGGCUCUCUUCCUGGGGGGUCUUCCGGAGGUGUGUAGCCCCUCUUCGGAGAGCUCUCCUCCGGUCACUCCGACAUCAUCGGCCCCUCUCCCCGGGUUCGGGGCCCUGGAGCUGGCCCUGUCCUCCGGGCAGCAGGGUGCCACCUGUAGUGAUGAGCUAGACCUCCAGCUCUUCCAUAAGGACGGGGGGAGUCUGUUAGGGUCUCUGCCCGGGAGGAAGGGUGUUUCUAGGGGAGCGGCCGGACUCAAGUUCCCCUGUCUGGUUUGUGGGAAGAGAUUCCGCUUCCAGAGUAUCUUGUCACUCCACGCCCGCGCUCAUAGUCUGGACCGGGACCGCCGCGCCUCAGCUCUGUACCGCAACACAGGCACCAUGACCGGGAGCAUCAUUGGGACGGGGUCCACGGCGCAUCUCAAAGCCCACCAGAACCACAACGACGUGGGACUAAACCACCACAGUCACCGCCAGAGUCCCCUGCUGUCCGUAUCUCUAACCCAGGGACUGAGAGGGGAGGAUGGGGAUGGGGAUGCUCUAGAGGAGGCUCUGCAGAUGGAUCACCAGACCCUCCAGCCGUUCCUAAUGGAUGACAGCACACCACUGAGCCCUCCGCUGACCGAGGAGGUGCCCCUCUCCCUCACCUCCCCCUACUCCUCUUCCUGCGGCCUGGGUGGCAUGGGUCCUGCCAUCUUAGAAGAAGCCGCCCUGGCCACAGCGGCAGCGCCCGCAUUCCGCUGCCACGCCUGCAAGGGUAAAUUCCGCACAGCCUCGGAGCUGUCUCGUCACGUCCGCAUCCUCCACAACCCGUACAAGUGCACCCUGUGCUCCUUCUCUGCCAGCCAGGAAGAACGCCUGGCCGCACACCUCCACGACAGCCACCCCUCCCUGUCCCUCUCCCCCGACACUCUCGUUCCCAACCCCAACCCGACCCCCACCCUGGCCCCAGGGGCUCCGCCUCUGCCGGCCUUCCGCUGUGAGACGUGCGGCCAGCGCUUCACCCAGUCCUGGUUCCUGAAGGGCCACAUGAGGAAGCACAAGGAUUCUCUGGACCACAAAUGUCAGGUGUGCGGCCGUGGCUUCAAGGAGCCUUGGUUCCUCAAGAACCACAUGAAGGUGCACCUCAACAAGCUGGGCCUGAAGGCAGGUCUGGGGGGGCUGGGGGGGCUGGUGGCUCCUGUGGCCGGGGCUGAACAUAGAGGCCCCAAAGGCUCUGUCACCAGCCAGGGCCUCAACGCUCUCUACUCCAGUCUCUUGCUGGCUCGUGGUGGAGGGGGGAGAGGGGGGCGAUCAAGGGCUGAGCGGGACGGCGCCGGAGUCUCUAGUAAAUCGGCCAUCUUGGGCUACCUGGGGUUGCCCAGCGAUGGCGGUGGCGGCGCCAGCUGCAUGGAACGGCUGCAGGCCGUGGCUCAGGUGGCGGAGAUGGGGAAUGGGAGCGGAGGAGGAGGGGCAGCAGGAGAUGGAGGGGACCAGAUAGCCAUGUGGCAGCUGGUAGCCCGUAGCCUAGUAGCAGCUCAACAGGCCCAGCAAGCCCAGCAGGCUCAGAGGCAGAACCAGAGGACCCAGCACCUGCACCGAGCCCCAUCCAGGAGCUCCGUGGUGGGGGAGGCUGAGCAGGUCAGGGCCUACCUUGGAGGUCUGGAUCCCCGAGAGGAGCCUCUGUCCUCCGGAGCCCCAUGGGAGUGCCCCGACUGUGGGAAGCUGUUCCGGAGCCUGCAGCAGGUGGUGGCGCACGCUCGCGUCCACGUCCAGCGGCCCCAUAAGAACCACGGUCACCCCCCGCGCUACGCCGGAGGAGGAGAGGAGGAUGGAGGAGCGAGCCAGGGUGGGGGAGGACGAGGAGGUGGGAGAGAAGGUAGUAGCGAGGGAAGACAGGAGUCCAAACUUCAAAGUGGACCUCAACAUCAGUCAGCAGCCGGAGGAGGGUUCCACUCAGUGAUGUCACAGUUCCAAGGAGAGAACGGUCUAUCUGGGUCAUCUUCAGGUUCGUCCGUGACUUCUAGGGAGCGUGUGCGAGGCACAGGGGUGAAAGACUGCCCCUAUUGCGGUAAAGCUUUCCGCUCGUCCCAUCACCUUAAAGUGCAUCUGAGAGUUCACACAGGGGAGAGACCGUAUAAAUGUCCCCACUGUGACUACGCGGGAACCCAGUCAGGCUCUCUAAAGUACCAUCUCCAGAGGCACCACAGAGAACAGAGGAACGCCAUGGGGGCCUCUUCAUCCACCGCCUCCUCCCCCGGCCUCACUUCUGCCUCUCUGGGAGGUGGUGGAGGAGCUCCACGGGGGGAGGGAAGGGAGGGGAUGGCCAAACAGCGCCGGCCCCAGAGCUUCACCCAUGGCUCAGCCGCCAGAACCCCGGCAGAGACUGCAUCCUCCAGGCACAACCAGCACCAGCCCUGGAUCCUGGGCCUUCCCGAGCAGAGAGAUAGGGACCAUGGGAAGGCCAUGGGAGGACUGAGGGAUGCAGAUCUGGAGAGCCAGUACCGGUACCUAUCCGGGGUGAUGGGGGCGCUGUACCAGGGGGGGAUGGAGGGAGGGUGGACGGGGGAGUCCCCUACCUCCACCCCCACCCCGCCCCCGCCAAAGGCGCCCAAAGUGUCCCGUCGCAAACCACUCACCACCAGCCGCAUGGUGCCAGCUAACGGGAGGGAGCGGAUGGGAGGGGGAUCAGCUCAGGGCACCCAGGAGGGAGGCUUGUUGUCCCAGCCCCUGGAUCUCUCCCGCCGCCCCUCCCCUGGGCUCGGAGGUCUGGAGGAGGAUGGAGUACCGGGAGGGGGUGGUGGAGGAGGAGGAGGAGGAGCAGGGGUCACCCUUAACCAGUGCCUGUUCUGUCCCUUCCGUACCUGCUCAGCCGAGCUGAUGGCAAUGCACCUCCAGGUCAACCACACCAGCAAGUCCAGGCGAAAGAGGGGGGCCCACAACCCCAGCUCCCUGGGGGAACACGGGCCCCAGAGGCCACCCCAACCCCGGGCUGACCCAGACCCCCUAGCCCUGUGGAGGUACCUGAGCGAGAGUGAAGAUAGGGCCCCCCUCGAGGAAUGGGCCUCAUCCAGGGUGGAGAGGGAGAGAGGGAUGGAGAAUGGCCUCACCCCAGAGGAAGUGGACCUAGAGGGCAGCUACAACCUCCACCACCCCCUGCAGGCUUCUAACCAGGCCUUCACCACACCCAGGAACACAAGGAGUGGCCUCGCUGGCCUGGGGCAGGAAGGCAAGCUGGAGGAGGAUGGGGAAGAGGAGGAAGAAGAGGAGGAAGGAGAAGAGGAGGAUUUGGAAAGGGAGAGCAGUAGUCCAGGGGAUUCCCCUACAGAGCAUGGGAUGAGGAUGUCUCUCUCCAUGUCAACUGCCCUCGGCUCUGAUCGUCUUACACGAGAGGAGGAAGCAGUGAUGGGAGACUAAACGGCAACAACAUCAUCCUGCAGAGAGAUGGGGAGAGGGAGUUCAACUAGACAGUGCAGAAGUUUAGGAGUCAAAUGUUAGGGGUCAUUAUAUCACUUCCUUGUUCUCUUACAUACAGCAGUUCAGGGUCAUUGACAUGGUAAGUCCGCUGACAAGUAUAACUAAGGACUACGGACUGAGAUGCGCCUCCAUUGAGAGGGUUGUGUAAACAUCAUCUCUCCUAAGGAAAAAAAUCAUACAUUUUUCUCUCGCCUUUUAAUAUUUACAUCCCGGGAGUUCAGUGUAGUCCUCUUGAUUUUCUCAACCAACCACAACCCCCCUUGUACAUACAGACAGUGCAGUGUGAAUCCUUUCUCUUCAGGACUUUUGAGGCCUUGAGUUCUAUAUUCCAGAGUUUCCUGUUUUCCAUUCCAUCUCCUACCAAGAGGGCUAAUUGUGAUGAUUUGCUCGAGAUCGUCCUCUGGCUGCUGUUAAGUCUUAACAUUACUAUGUGAGAACAAAUAAACUGUAACAUUCUACCAUUCCGGAGAACACAAAAAUGAUUUUAUCAGACCUUAUACUUCAUGUUUUGAGAAUAAUACUACUUCUAUGAGUAACGUUGUUGAUUAGUUAUACUUUAGCAGAACAAGUGUCAAAAGAAGCCAAACUUCAUCCCAACUGACGUUUAGAUAAGAUACCACUUCUUGCCACGUUGACAUUUCAAGUUCAUAUUACGGUCUGUUCAAGAGCACUGAUUCGAUAACCGUGGUUCAACCACAACCAUUCAAGCCGUAAACUCAAACUAAGCUAUCCAGCUGUCUACAACAAAUAACAACCACAGGAACAAAUUUUUACCAGAUGAAGAUGGCAAUGAUUAGGGAUAAGGUAACCCCUGACCCUGAUAUCACUGCCUCUCAUUGGUCGGAUUGCUGUUCCGAGGUCACCAUGGGAACAGUUUGUCAUUUCCUGUUUUCCCCUCAGUUUAGUGCCUGUCUAUGUUUGGAAUGUCGUCAAGGGAGUUCUACAGUAUAGCCCUCUGUUUCUGGGCUCUUAUAGGACAAUGAUAUCUGAGAAUACAGUAUAAAGCUAAAGUAUAUAUGUAAAAAAAUGGUUCUAGGCUAUUGUGAAUAGACAUCUGUAGUGUUAAACAAACAGCUGGUGUGGAUCUUUCUCUUUUCACAAGAGACCGGUAGCAUCUCUAUGUGGAUUCUGUGGAAAAAAAUAUAUAAAGCACUUAGUUGAUGAAGAUGAAACAUUAAGAAAUAUUCAUAUGAAUGAAAAGAGGUCAAGGUGAAAGGUCAAUAAGUGAAAAGGGAGGUUAAAGGUCAGAGGUCAGCAUUUACAGCAGAAAUACCAGCGUGUUCAGAGUCAGACGUGGGCUAACAGUUAUUUCUACAUUGUCGCGGUGGCCAACGGACCAUUAAACAAACAGAAACAAAACAAAAGUCUGUUUUGGGGGGGACACAGGACAGACAGACGGACAGUGCAUCCUGAACACAAUCAGCUGGCACGUCUGGUCAGGUGACCACGACUCCACGACCGUGUCACACUCUUUCCUUCCGUUCCUUUUAUGAGGAAAAUAACAGAAAAAAAACAAGGGGAAGGAAAAAUGGAUGAGAGAAAAGGAUGAGUUCCCUCACAAGAGCGGAGGACUCAAGAAAGCAAACUGUUGUAGUCUUGGGUUUAUGCUGUCUUUUAGAUGACUAGAUUUCUGUCUUUCUUUCUUUUAAGUGAAGAAGAACGGGAACGAAGAGUAAGCAUUAAAAACACGGACAAAUCCAUAGAUACAUCCCAGUAGAAUAUGUGUAGCUUUUGUAAAGACAAGAAGAUAAGAAAAAAGGAGAAAAAAAUAACUUUCUAUGUUUAUUUUCAUUUCAAGAAGAGAAGCUUACAGAGAAGGUUAUGAAUAUACAGUAGGUAAUGAUUUAAAAAAAAAAACUAUAAGGCUUGUUGUUGUGAGGAAAAGACUAGUCGGAAUGUCGUGUCUAUAAAGAGCACUGUGCAAGGUUUAUAAUUUCCCAAAGUAGUAGUUUUUAUUUUGACUAUCGAUAGACCAAACUUUUUUUUUGAAAGAAAAUGUAAGGUGUCACUUUCUGUUGGAGUGUAAAGCUGCGGUUCCAAUCCACUCACCCAAUCAAUCAAUCAAUCAAUCAAGCAUUCAAUCAAUCUAUAAUCCAAUCAAAAUAUUAUCAUUGUAUUAUUAAGUGCUUGGAUGAGACUCAAGUUUACAUCACAAUAUAUCAAAAUAUUCAUCUCUGCCAAAUUUUGAUUGAUCAAUUUGUACUAUAGCCACAGUAUUGGUUUAGCGCGUCGUACUACACACAGCAUGUUCUGCACACAGUGAACAAGCAAAUAUUUUAUCAUAAAAACAAUUAAAUAAACGACUUACGAUUGUAAACGUCACUAAAUGAUUUGAUUGGAUAAGUCUUGCCUUCUCGCCCUCCUAACCCCAUUGUUUGACAGCGAGAGUUUGGGAUUGGAGCCUAACCCCAUUGGUUGUAGGCGAGAGUUUGGGAUUGGAACCUAACCCCAUUAGUUGUAGGCGAGAGUUUGGGAUUGGAACCUAACCCCAUUGUUUGACAGCGAGAGUUUGGGAUUGGAACCUAACCCCAUUAGUUGUAGGCGAGAGUUUGGGAUUGGAACCUAACCCCAUUGUUUGACAGCGAGAGUUUGGGAUUGGAACCUAACCCCAUUGUUUGACAGCGAGAGUUUGGGAUUGGAACGUAACCCCAUUGUUUGACAGUGAGAGUUUGGGAUUGGAACCUAACCCCAUUGGUUGUAGGCGAGAGUUUGGGAUUGGAACCUAACCCCAUUGGUUGUAGGCGAGAGUUCAGGAUUGGAACCACAGCCUUACUUUUGGUUUAUGUGCAUUAUGUGUUUUACUUCUAUCCUUAUUAGAGCACCUUAUAUGAGUUUAGCAGUUCCCUAAGUGGUGUUUUCUUAAAGACUUAGGUUGCACCCGUAAUGACACCCUAUUCCCUAUAUGGUUCACUACUUUUGACCAGGACCAUUCCCAUAUAGGUCCUGGUCAAAGUAGUGCACUAUUUAGGGAAUAGGGUGCCCUUUGGGACAAUAACCUGUAGUGUCAAUGCCACCGUGCCUUCUGUGUCAAGCACUUCCUGGAGUUGGUAUUUUGUAAGCUCACCAAAAGCACUUAGCCCACAUCUCUCUUUCCCCUAGUAUAUCACCUAUUUAUUCACCUCAUUCUUCUUGACUUAUUUUAUCCUCUCCUUGUCUGUCACUCCAACUUCACAGGGGCCAAGUGGGUUGUUGCCUUAUUUGAACAAUUUCUUACCAUCAGACAUAAUAUCACUUGGAGGUAAUAUUGCUAGCAUCGCUAGUAGCCCCCAGUGUAGGAAACAAGGUUGAUUUCAGCUAACCCGUGGCAAACCAAAGCCAAAGUUUAAUGGAUAAAUCUUAUAAUUAGGUGCCAAAACCUGUCCAUGGGGACACUAAACACGUUAAAUUAAGAUAAUAUAAUUAAAUGGUAUUAUCAAGAUAUUAUAUUGUCAUUCUCUCUAUCCUUUUAAUGUAUGUGUACAUCUCUCUUUUC